CUAGUAUACAGAGUUUCGGUGUAUCGUCACAAAGGAUUUUAAUCGGUCUAAUAAUACCACCAUACGAUGUGUCACCGGCGAACGAAAGUUAACAUUUAACACGGCAAUAGUCACUACCACAGACAGAGUUACCAGCACCAUUGUAAACAACAAAUAUUUACCGAGAAGCGGCACUGUCAAUGACGUAGGAGGGAUUAUCUCGGCAAGCAAUAGAAAGAAUACUGUUAAUGAUAGUAAUAUUGAUAUUGACAAUGAUACCUUUUCACCACUAUGACUCGGCAAGUAAAACACCAGCACUGAUAAAAACGAUAUACCCACACAAGGCACUUUUAAUAUGUCCCACUCGACGGAGAUGUAGUAAUCGGCCAAGUCGAUCCCCACCUCUAUUUCAUUCGAGUCCUCGGUCUGGCUCAAGUGACGAAGAUCCACCUGAAAUAAUUAUUUAUAUACAUUAUUCAUUAAUAGUUACUUAUUCUACAAUUAUAAAUUAUUUUUAUUUAUUUUGGGGUUAUUAUAUAGGAGCAGAACAAAUU